GGUCUGAAGAGACGCAGGCAACUCUACGCUGCAUGCAGACCUUCCGCUCGCGCACACUCUCAAGCAAUCAACCUCAAGACGUCUCAACAGGAGCACCGAGAGUAUAUAAACUCUCUACAUCCCGUGCAAGCUUCAGCAACCAGACUCACCUUCCAACACCUUCACCACUCUUCAAACAGUCAAACCUCAACCCAAAAUGCACCUCCCAAGCACAACCACCCUCCUCACCCUCCUGGCCACGGCAGCCACAGGCCUUCCCUGUCACGACCAAGCCAACCAAGCCGACCAAACCCUCCUCGUCCCAACCUCCGCUCCGCAGACCAAAGUCUCCACCUCUGAGCACGUCUUCUUCAACGCCAACGCCAACUCAGGCCUGUACCUGUGCGAGAACGCGCUCUUCAGAGGCUACUGCGUGCACUACACCUCCCCCUUCGGACAAUGCACAACAAUCACGAACCAGUUCCCGCCCGGCGAUCGCGGGGUGUCCGCGGCGGGCGCGGACCGCGGCAGUUGGUGUACGCUUUAUUCGGAGUCCGGGUGUCAUGGGCAGGAGCUGCAGAUCCAUUUCCCCGGGUAUGAGAAUCUGGCGUAUCUGGGGUGGAAUGAUCGGGCGAAGAGCUUUAAUUGUGCCGCUGAGUAGGGUUGAUCCCUGGGGCACACGGGGCUAUAGGUGUCGAGAGGCGGUAUCGCUUGAAUUGGUGGUGGGUGGUGGUGGUGUGGGUUAUAGUAUUUUUGUCACUUAGUCGG